AUGGCACAAAUCAUGUCUCCAACAGAAGCUUCUGGACAAAACACCAACGUUAUCGAAAUCACUGAUAGCGACGACGAAGAUACCCCGGCUCAGCAAGCACCGACACGACUGACAUCGACGCCUGCUCGAGGCACGCCUGAUGACCCCAUUAUGCUCGACGACGAAGACAGCAGUUCAUAG